AUGCCGGAAGACGCUGCUGUCGCAGCCACGGAGUUCCCCACCCCACCAUCCGUCGUCGCCAACUACGAUGCCCUCAUUGCCGGCCAGUCUUACUCGCACUACUCCGCAGUCCCCGCGCUCGUAAGUCCCAAUGGCACGGGCAAUGUCCCGACACCCGGAACACCUUGUGUACUAGGCGUCGACGAGGCCGGCAGAGGUCCUGUUAUUGGACCCAUGAUUUACGGCGUGUACUACUUACCUAUCGAGAUCCAGCAAACACUCCUCACCAAGACUUACCACUUUGACGACUCGAAAGCUUUGACGGCCGAUGUACGCGCCCGGUUGAUGAAGGCUGUCUGCUCCGAGUCAACAGACCUCUAUGAGUCGUGCGGAUGGGCGAUCAGAUCUCUGAGCGCACGAGACAUUGGCGCCGGCAUGCUGAAAAAUGGUGGAGCAUAUAACCUGAAUGCGCAGGCCAUGGAUGCGACGGUGGAACUGAUACGGGGCGUGCUAGAGCAGGGCGUUAACGUGACAGAGAUCUAUGUUGACACUAUUGGCAUGCCGGUUGUGUACCAAAAGAAACUGGAGAGAAUAUUCCCCACCAUCAAAAUCACGGUCGAGAAAAAAGCAGACAGUCUGUACCCGUGCGUUAGCGCAGCCAGUGUGGUCGCGAAGGUUACAAGAGAUGUGAGUUGCGAGAAGCUAUUCGAGGAGUACGUGAAAAUGGUAGGCGAGGAGGAACAGACUGCUGCAGGUUGGGGAUCAGGAUAUCCUUCAGACGCUCGUUGCGUGUCGUGGCUCAAGCAGUCGGUCGAUGCCACCUUCGGCUGGGGCAGUGAAUGCCGCUUCAGUUGGUCGACGGUCAAAGAUAUGCUAGACGCAAAGAAUGGCCCUGGCAAGAGGGUUGACUGGCCGGCUGUUGGCGAUGAUGACAACAUGCAGCUGUCCAGCUAUUUCAAUGCUGCUGGCUCUGGGCCUAAGACCGAGGCUGAUGAGUUAAGAACGUGGUUUGGAACAGGGGUUGGACAGGAGGCGUUCUGA